UCGGAGGCCAGGCUGUGAGCUGCAGGGGAGGGGCUCAGCUGGGUUUCCAUGAAGCUGGGACCUUCUGAGCUGUUUGCAAUUUCACUUUCCAGAAAAUGAAACUGAAGCGGACAGUGGUCACGUGACCGGCGGCUGGGAAUAAAGGCAGCGCUUCCUCGACUCCUGCUUCCAGCUCUGCAGGCGCCGGCGGCAUGGAGUGUCCUUCCUGCGGCCAUGUCUCCAAAGAGGACGCUCCCAAGUUCUGCUGCGAGUGUGGGCGCAGGCUGCCCCCCGCCCCCGACUCUGAGAACGUCCUGAAGGCGACAUCGGUGCCCGAGGGGGAGAUGGAGAGCGGACAGGAGCUGAAGGAGGAAGGUGGCCCCCAGGCGACGUCGGUCCCUGAGGGGGAGAAGAGCGGACAGGAGCUGAAGGAGGAUGGGGCCCCCCAGGUGACGUCGGUCCCCGAGGGGGAGAAGGAGAGCGGACAGGAGCUGAAGGAGGAUGGGGCCCCCCAGGUGACGUCGGUCCCCGAGGGGGAGAUGGAGAGCAGACAGGAGCUGAAGGAGAAAGGUGGCCCCCAGGCGAUGUCGGUCCCCGAGGGGGAGAAGGAGAGCGGACAGGAGCUGAAGGAGGAAGGUGGCCCCCAGGCGACGUCGGUCCCCGAGGGGGAGAAGAGCGGACAGGAGCUGAAGGAGGAAGGUGGCCCCUCCUCAUCGCUGGACUCCAGUGACCAGCAGGCAGAGCUGGCCCAGCCCAGCUCCCAGUCCUGGAAAAGCCAAAAAAGCAAAAGGAAGAAGCAGAAGAAAAAGAACCAAAAGGCGUCCGUUUCCAAAGGGCUGGAGUCCCUGUCCGCCUCCCCCUCCACGCCUGGUAGCCUCCAAUCGCUGGCGGACCCUGGGGUCCAGGAUGCAGCCCCGCCCCAGAGCCCCGCUCAGCAGGGUGGGCCCCCCAGCCAAUGGAGGCGAUGCUGA